AUGGAACUCCCUCCGGGAUUUAGAAGACAGGGGGAGACCAAUGUUUGCAAACUUAUGAAGCCACUAUAUGGGCUAAAACAAGCUUCAAGGCAGUGCAACAUAAAGCUCACAGAAGCCUUAUCAGAAGCAGGAUACAAACAGAGUUUAUAUGACUACUCAUUAUUCACUAAAAGAAGUGGAGAUGACUUUGUGGCAAUUCUGAUUUGUGUGGAUGAUUUGCUGAUUACAAGAAGCAGCAACAGAUUCAUACAAGAAGCAAAGGAUGUUCUGCAUCAGAAGUUCAAGGUGAAAGACCUUGGAGAGUUAAGAUACUUCUUGGGAAUAGAAAUUGCAAGAUCAGUCAAAGGAAUCCUAUUAAAUCAGAGAAAGUAUGCACUCCAACUAAUCUCAGACCUUGGAUUAGGAGGCACCAAACCAGCUGCAACACCAGUAGAUUUGAACCAGAAGUUCACUUCUUUGGAAUUUGAUACACAUGCAGGAAUAACAGGAAAUGAGGCAUUAGAUGACAUAACAGCUUACCAAAGAUUAAUUGGGAGGCUAUUGUAUUUGACAAUAACAAGACCUGACAUAAGCUAUAUAGUGCAUACAUUAAGUCAAUUCAUGCAAGCACCAAAGAGAUCACACAGGGAUGCAACUGUUCAAGUGGUGAAGAGGUCAAUGACUGGCUUCAUAGUAAAAUUUGGAGAAUCUCUUGUAUCUUGGAAGUUGAAAAAACAACAAACUGUAUCAAGAAGCUCUGCAAAGGCAGAGUACAGAAGCUUGGCAGCAGUUACAGUAGAGGCAACAUGGCUAUAG